GGGGGAUUCCAGCAGGCCUCCCAGGUGGAACAGUCUCUCACCCUGCAGCUACAAAAUCUUAGAGAAGAGAACCGGGAGCUCAACCUGAGCCAAGGACACCUCGCCCCAUGUCUGCAGAGCCUACAGAGUGAGAACGCCCUCCUCCUGGAGCAGAAGAAAGACCUGGAGAGCCGGAUGAAGCGGCUGAGAGAGGAGCAUGAGAACACACAGAACCUCCUCUUCACCCUGAAGGAGACUGCACUGAGGAUGGAGAGGCAGAAGAGCGAGGGGGAGGCCCGGUUGCAGGAGGUCCAGGUGGAGGCCCAGAACCUGAGGGACAGCCAGCGCUCCCUGCAGAGCCAAGUCCAAGAGCUGCAGGACGAGCUGAAGAUGAGGGACAGCCAGGCUCUGCAUGACAGCCAAUACUCCCUCCACUCCGAGAUGGAGGACUGCCAGGAUGGCCCCAUCAAUCCAUCUGCCAAUGUUGGUCCCCCAGCCAGGUCGAGUUCCUGACCUUGCAGUUCAUAUGGCGGCAUAUCUGACGCAACAGGAGAGAGACCUCCUUCGAGAGAAGGAAGAGGAAGUGAUCAGACUACAGGAUCAGGUCACCAUCCAAUACGUGGAGAUGAGCUCUCUACGAGAGGAACUUCAGAAGCUGCGUGAUAUGUCCCAGCAGAAUGAUGUUGACAGUGUCCUGAAACAAGCCAUCUCUGACCGUGAUGAGGCCAUCAUGAAAAAAGGCGAGUUAGAGCUGGAGUUGGCAAAGUGUCGAUUGGAGAAGGAUUCCAUGAGUCGGCAGCUUCUCAGUGCUGUGGAGCAAAAAGUGCUGCUGAGCCAAGAGCUGGAGGCAUGGCAGGAUGACAUGCAGAUUGUUAUCAGCCAACAGCUGAAGUCACAAAGAGAUCAGGAGAAAGCCUCAGAAUCCGCUCCCAGCACACCGACUAGAAAAGGGAGCACCAGACGAUCCCGGGACAGUGGCAGUGGAAUCUUCUCGAUCUUCAAGAGGAAUUGA